ACCUUCUCCGGUCAAUACAACAACAUUCAAACCAAAGAACACAAAUAAUACCGGUAAUAAUGGCGGGAAAGACAAAGCUCUGCAUAUAAUCCAUCAAUGGCUCAUCAUCCCCAUCUAUUAAAUUUCUUAUCCCUCUGCAAAACCCCUAAUCACCUCAAAUCUUUCAAAUCUCUUCUCAUAAUACACGGCCUAAUUAACCACAAGCUUUUAUUAGUGGACCUUUUAAAAUCUUGUUUUCAUUUGGGUGCUUCAAAUUUAGCUCUCUCAAUCUUCAAUUCAAUCAAAAAACCAACCCUGUUCUUGCAAAACUUGGUUAUUAGAGGUCUUAGUAAUCAUGGGUUACAUGACCAUGUCUUAUCAGUGUUCAUAAAAUGCCGAGAUUUAAGCUGCCCUUAUGACAAUUUUACAUUUCCUUUUGUAAUUAAGGCUUGUUCAGUUGUUAGUGAUUUUGGGAUUUUGAAAAAGAUUCACUGUGUUGUUUUGAGAAAUGGGUAUGAACAAAAUGUCGUUGUUGGAACUUGUUUGGUAGAUUUUUAUGCGAAAAAUGGGGUUUUAGAGAGUGCACGUGUAGUAUUUGAUGAAAUUCCGCAACCAGAUUUGGUUACUUGGAAUGCUUUGAUAUCUGGUUAUUCUUUUCACGGUUGUAAUUAUGAAGUGUUUGAGAUUUUUAAGCGUGUUUUUGAAGUUGGUUUGAAGCCUAAUUUGAGUAGUUUGGCUAGUGUAAUCCCGGUGUGUACGCAUUCAGGUUGUUUCGAUUUUGGAAGAUCUCUCCAUGGGUUUGCUGUUAAGUUUGGACUUUUUGCGGAUGAUUUUCUGGUACCUGCUUUAAUUUCAUUAUAUGCUAAUGCAAGUGAUGUGUAUUUUUCGGAUGCGACUAAGUUGUUUGAAGCUGUAUGGGACAAGAAUGAUGCGGUUUGGAAUGCUAUGAUUUCAGCUUAUACGCAUAACCACAUGCCUCUUGAAGCGUUUGAGAUGUUUCGAGAAAUGCAAGAUUCUGGUCUGCGUCCCAAUUUAGUCACUUUUGUGUCGGUUACUCCUUCGUGUGAGCUUAUUGGUAGUGUCUGGUUUGGUGAAUCCUUACAUGCUUGUGCUAUAAAACAUGGAUCAAAAAAUCAUACUUCUAUGUUAACAGCCCUUGUGUCCAUGUAUGCCAAACUCGGAGAGAUCAGAAAAGCCAGAUAUUUAUUUGAUUCAAAUCCUAAUAAGAACCUCUUAUCAUGGAAUGUCAUGGUUUCUGGAUAUGUGUACAAUAAUAUGUGGGAUGAAUGUUUGGGUACAUUCUGUGAAAUGCAAUUGGGUGGAUUGAUUCCGGAUGCAUGGACCAUAGUUAGUGUCGUUUCUGUCUGCACCAAACUGGAGGCUGUUUCGCUCGGCAAGUCUGCCCAUGCAUUUUGCAUUAGGAGGGGUUUCAAUUCAAACAUAAACGUGUCAAAUGCACUCCUAGCUUUCUAUUCUGAUUGUAGUCAUUUUGCCUAUUCUCUAAAACUGUUUCACAAUAUGGAUACUCGGGAUCUAUUGUCAUGGAACACUUUGAUAUCUAAGUUUGUACAAAUCGGAGAAGCAGAAAAGGCUGCUGAACUUUUUCAUCAGCUUCAGAAAGAUGGCUUGGCGUUGGAUGUGGUCACCCUGCUAAGCAUUCUCCCUAUGUUCUGUGGCAAUGAAAAUCAGGGUCAUCUGGGUCAAGGAAUGUCUUUUCAUGGGUAUGCCAUAAAAAAGGGUGUUUCUACUGACGUUUCUUUAGUAAAUGCACUAAUAAGCAUGUACUGUAAAUGUGGCGACCUCGACGCAGGGAAACUACUUUUUGAAGCUAUGCCAAAAAGGUGUAUAAUUUCUUGGAAUUCGUUGAUCGGAGGAUUUCGACAUCACAACUUACAGUAUGAAGCUUUGAUCAUUUUUAGACAAAUGAUUAAGGAAAGUCAGAGGCCGAACUCUAUAACUAUGCUACACUUAUUACCUUUAUGCUUCAGCCAAUUUCACGGUAUGUCUAUUCAUGCUUUUGCAAUCAGAUCAGGAUUUAUAGAAGAAACGCCUCUUCUUACUUCUUUGAUGUUCAUGUAUGCUAGAUUUGAAACUAUGAAGCUGUGUCUCUUACUAUUUGAAACUAAUAAAACGAGAGAUAUAUCUUUAUGGAAUGCCAUUAUUUCUGUGCAUCUCCAAGCAAGUGGUGCUGAUAAAGUAGUGGCCUUAUUCUGCGAUUUGCUUCGAAUCGGAUUACAAAAACCUGACAGAAUAACUAUUCUCAGUUUAAUUUCAGCUUGUGUUCACUUAAAAAAUUUAAAGCUUGCUAUUUGUGUAAUGACCUUUAUAGUACACAAAGGAUUUGACAAAGAUAUAGCAAUCAGCAAUGCCCUUAUAGAUUUAUUUGCAAAAUGUGGAAAUGUUAUCGAUGCUCGACAAAUAUUUGAAGCCUUACCGGCAAAAGAUUCAGUCUCUUGGAGUGUAAUGAUUAAUGGGUAUGGUCUACACGGAGAUGGCGAAGCCGCUCUAGAGCUUUUCAGGCAGAUGCAAUUUUCCGGGGUAAAACCUGACGACGUUACAUUUUUAAGCAUUUUAUCAGCUUGCAGCCAUUCUGGUUUAGUUGAAAAAGGUUGGAUGAUCUUCAACUCUAUGGUCGAGCAAGGGAUGUUAAUGAAAAUGGAACAUUAUGCGUGCAUGGUGGACCUGCUCGGAAGAACUGGUCACCUAGGGGAAGCUUAUGAAAUGGUUAAGAAGCUACCAUGUGAACCUUCGAUUAGUUUACUGGAAUCCCUGUUGGGUGCUUGUAAAAAUUAUAGUGAUAUUGAACUUGGGGAGAAAAUAAGUGCGAUGCUCUCGAUUUUGGAUUCAGAAAAUUCAGGAUCAUAUGUUGUGCUUUCUAAUAUCUAUGCAGCUGCUGGACGGUGGACGGAUGCUGAUAGAGUGAGGUCUCAUAUAGAAGGAAAGCGAUUAAGAAAGAUUUGUGGCUUAAGUUUCGUAACUGAGGGGGUUUAAAAGAUCCUAAUGAAGUGGAUAUAUGCUGAGGCGGAAUCAAGGUGUGCAGAAACUCACAGGAUGAAAAAAUCAUUAACCAA